AUAUGUCAUCCAUGGAUCCAACAUCCCGCCGCUGAGGUUCUCUGCUUUUACUCGAAAACUCUUUUCUCCCUGUCCACUUCUGAACAGCAAACCAAGACCUCGGGCCUUUAGAGGUGACGACAUACGCUUUUCCCUCCUAAAACAGCCUAGACUAAAACAAGCUCCCCGAAACAACCCCCCCACCUUUUCAGGUGACGGCAAGCUUAGCGGGGUUGGUUGGCCUCAACCUCUCAGUUCAGUACAACCGCGUCACAUUUCCUGGAUUCCUAUUCCCCAUUCUGAUUCCCAUUUCCUCGACUCUCCCGGUCCUCACUACUGCGCCCUAUUGCACCAUCAACAUACCUUCGUCAAGCUGGGGAAGCGCAAAUUGUCCAUCGGCGACCGGCCUAAAUCCCACAAGAAAGCCAUGACUGGACAAAAGCUUCCAGAGGUUGACUUGGUCACCCGGAUGCAGGUUGACGAGUCCAUGGUUGGCACAAAUGACAUCGACGAGUCUCUCUACAGCCGGCAGCUCUAUGUCUUGGGUCACGAGGCCAUGAAGCGCAUGGGCGCUUCCCAUGUCCUUAUCGCUGGUCUCAAGGGACUCGGUGUCGAGGUUGCCAAGAACGUCGCUCUUGCUGGCGUCAAGAGCCUGACCCUCUACGAUCCCGCCCCCGUUGCUAUUGCCGACCUUUCUUCCCAGUUCUUCCUCCGACCAGACGAUGUUGGAAAACCUCGGGAUCAGGUCACAGCUCCCCGGGUUGCCGAGCUAAAUGCUUACACCCCAGUCCAUGUCCACGAGUCUGCAGCCCUCGGAGGGAACCUGUCCCAGCUCGACAAAUACCAAGUUGUCGUCCUCACGAAUACCCCACUCAAGGACCAGCUUGCCAUCGGAGACUACUGCCACCAGAAGGGAAUCUAUUUCAUCGUCGCAGACACAUUUGGCCUGUUCGGCUCGAUUUUCUGCGACUUCGGCAAGAAUUUCACAGUUAUUGACCCGACUGGCGAGAACCCCCUCACCGGCAUUGUUGUUUCGAUCGAUGAGGAAGGCCUGGUGUCUGCCCUGGAUGAUGCGAGACAUGGCCUCGAGGAUGGCGACUACGUCACAUUCACCGAAGUUGAGGGUAUGGAGGGCCUGAACGGGUGCGAGCCCCGCAAGAUCACGGUCAAGGGCCCCUAUACUUUCUCCAUUGGCGACGUAUCUGGCCUCGGACAGUAUAAGCGAGGGGGCCUGUACCAGCAGGUCAAGAUGCCCAAGUUCCUCGACUUCAAGAGCAUUUCCGAAUCCAUGAAGGACGCCGAAUUCGUCAUGUCCGACUUCGCCAAGUUCGACCGGCCUCAGCAGCUGCAUAUUGGAUUGCAGGCACUCCAUGCAUUUGUCCAGACCCACAACCGUCUCCCACGUCCGAUGAACGAGGAGGAUGCGACAGUCAUUGUGGCGUCGGCACGUGCAUUUAUGGAGGCCGAGGGCGUCGACAUCGAGGCGGACGAGAAGUUACUCAAGGAACUCAGCUACCAGGCCCAUGGCGAUCUAAGCCCCAUGGCGGCCUUCUUUGGAGGCCUCACGGCUCAGGAGGUUCUCAAAGCCGUAUCGGGAAAAUUCCACCCGGUGAAGCAGUGGAUGUACUUCGACUCGCUGGAAUCGCUACCCACUAAUUCGGCGCGUACUGAAGAGCUCUGCAAGCCCCUAGGCACCCGGUACGACGGUCAAAUCGCGGUCUUCGGCAAGGAGUACCAAGAGAAGAUCUCCAAUGUCCAGCAGUUCUUGGUUGGCGCUGGAGCAAUCGGCUGCGAGAUGCUCAAGAAUUGGGCCAUGAUUGGCCUCGGCACCGGUCCCAAGGGCAAAAUCACCGUUACUGAUAUGGACUCGAUCGAGAAGAGCAACCUUAACCGACAGUUUUUGUUCCGACCCAAAGACGUCGGCCAGAUGAAGAGCGACUGUGCGGCCAAGGCCGUGACAUCGAUGAACCCCGACCUCGAGGGCCAUAUUGUGACCCUUAAGGAUCGGGUGGGCACAGAUACCGAGGAUACCUUCAACGAAGAUUUCUGGGGGUCUCUGGACGGAGUGACCAAUGCGCUGGACAACGUCGAAACCAGAACCUACGUCGAUCGGAGGUGUGUCUUCUUCCACAAACCGCUCCUCGAGAGCGGGACGUUGGGAACCAAAGGCAACACUCAGGUCGUCCUCCCGCGUCUCACCGAGUCGUACUCGUCUUCUCAAGAUCCGCCGGAGCAGUCGUUCCCCAUGUGCACUCUUCGAAGCUUCCCCAACAAGAUCGAGCACACGAUCGCAUGGGCUCGCGAGCUGUUUGAGAAUUCGUUUGUCAAACCGGCCGAAACCGCCAACCUUUACCUCAGCCAACCCAACUAUCUCGACACAACCCUGAAGCAAGGCGGAAACGAGAAGGUCAUGCUUGAGACGUUGCGGGAUUACCUGAAGAACGAGCGGGCUCUGACCUUCGAAGACUGCGUGCAGUGGGCACGGAUGCUGUUCGAGAAACAGUACAACAAUGCGAUCCAGCAGCUGCUCUACAGUUUCCCCAAGGACUCGGUCAUGUCAACGGGCACUCCUUUCUGGUCCGGCCCCAAGCGAGCUCCAGACCCGCUCAAAUUCGACACCGAGAACCGGACCCAUUAUGAUUUCCUGGUCGCGGCCACGAGUCUGCACGCCUUUAACUACAAUAUCAAUGUUAGGGGCAAGACCAAGGCAGACUACCUGCAAGCCUUGGACUCGAUGAUCAUUCCCGACUUUACUCCGGAUGCCGACGUCAAAAUCCAGGUCGAUGACAAGAACCCCCCUGAACCCAGCGCCGAGGCGAGCGCCUUCGACGAUACGGCCGAGCUGCAAAACCUCAGGGAUGAGCUCCCGGAACCCAAGUCCCUAGCAGGAUUCAAGCUCACUCCUGUCGAGUUUGAGAAGGAUGAUGACACCAACCAUCACAUCGAUUUCAUCGCGGCAGCCAGCAACCUGCGUGCCGAGAACUACAAGAUCGAGCAGGCGGACCGACACAAGACGAAGUUCAUUGCGGGCAAGAUCAUCCCUGCUAUCGCGACGACGACCGCUCUGGUCACGGGCCUGGUCGUGUUGGAGCUCUUUAAGAUCAUUGACGGGAAGGAUGAUAUCGAGCAGUACAAGAACGGCUUUAUCAACCUGGCGCUGCCCUUCUUUGGUUUCAGCGAGCCGAUUCCCAGUCCCAAGAUCGAGUACACGGGCCCAGAUGGCAAGGUCACGCUGGACCAAAUCUGGGAUCGCUUCGAGCUGGAGGACAUCACUCUCAAGGAGCUCAUUGAGGACUUCAAGAAGCGCGGCUUAUCUAUCUCGAUGUUGAGCUCGGGCGUGAGCCUGCUCUAUGCGUCGUUCUUCCCGAACUCCAAGCUCAAGGAUAGGUACGAGUUGAAGCUUAGCAAGCUGCUCGAGACCAUUUCGAAGAAGCCCAUUCCAGAACACCAGAAGGAAGUCAUCUUCGAGGUCGUUGUCGAGGAUGUCAGUGGCGAGGAUGUCGAGGUGCCGUACCUGAAGGUCAAAAUCAGGUAGGCGUGUGGUAGAAUGGCCCCUUAUGGAGCGGCGGCUCCUCUGCCUAGCUUUCGGGCUCGUUCAUGGGUUGACGACGCAUUGGUAGGGAGGCAUUUGCUAUCCAGACUGGGGGGAAGAAGCUUGUAUUUCUUUUCUUUCGGAACUGGAUUAUCCCACUUUCUUUUGAACAUGGUUAGGAUCUCUCAUGUCUGCAUAUCUUCUGUGUAGAAAGAAGGACGGGCUAUAGACAGUAUGGAUUUGCCUGUGGGUUGUUUGCACAACUUUCAUGGCACUUAUAGAUGCAAUUUGCUCCCCUAGGUAUAUGGAGGAAGUUGCUUCGCUGGGCCAGAGCCAGGGACAUGGGUAGAUAGUUGUAAAUCCACUCAACACUCCCCUGGGUACCUCCUGAGAGGAUUGUGAUCUUUCUA